GAGCAAGGGCUGUAGUGGCUUCUCGGGAACAGGGAAGGACACACGUAUCACAGGUUCUGCACAAUCCUGAGAGGAAAUAUGAGGCUGUGGCAAGGAAUAGCCGUGCUGGUUCUCGUGCCGGGCGUCCUGUCCCGCGAAAACACUAGAAACGAGGCAGCCAGUUCCUCCAGCAGCCAUAACACAGUCUCCACCAGUCACAGUGCGGCCUCCACCAGCCACAGUGCGGCCUCCACCAGCCACAGUACUUCACCAGUCAAUUAUUUGGGAUGGGAUAUUUUUGACGUCCAAUCCAUAGCCCCGUUCUUUAACCUGGAAAACUACGGAUUCCCGAGCCACAUCGACCUGCUCAGCUUUAACACCGGGACAGGUACAACUGUAUUAGCUGUGGCUGAAGAUAAGCUGACUAAGUUCAUGGAUAAGCUGACGAAUGCCGGCGUAGGCUUCCAGAACACACUUAAUGAUAUAUCUCAGUAUGUGGACAUAAUUCUUGUGUGUGGGUAUACGUAAGCGCACGCACGUGUAUGUAUGUGUUUGCGUUUA